GAAAAGUGAUCGGGAGCUUCGUCUCAGCGCAGUGAAGGACGGAGUCGAAUCGUGCGCUUCACUUUUUCCCCUUCUCUCUUUUUCUCUCUCAGGUUGAAUCUAACCUCUACACAAGUGCCAGCAUUUGCAACAGGGGGGGUUUUACGGAUAUUUCUAUCUUCCUAAAGCUCGCCGAACCCUCCUCGCUGCUCCGGCUCAGUUUUGCUUCGCUCCGCCACAUGCGAUGCAACGCGCUCGGUGGAUAUUAAGCGCGCGACACGGCUCAGUAAGAGACAGCGGGGAAUGAACCGAUCGCGAGCUUUGUAAAGCAUCCGGACGACUUUUUGGCAUCUUGUCUUUAUUUCACUUAUUUGUUUUCUCCACGAAAAUGACUGCAAGAUGAAACGAUCGCUCCUCAUCACAGUUUCACGGCUCAUGGCUUUGUGAAAUCUCCGUGCACUUCCAGCCGUCCGGCGUCGGGACAUUUCUAAAGGCUGCAAUCGAUGAUAAUGCCUUUGGUGAAAGUUUGGAUGUACGGCUUUAACAGUCGAGUACAGUAGAUGUGUGUAACUCGAGGCGGGGUUAAAGUUCAGCUGUAUGGAGCGCUGAAGCGACGCGCGCACUCCGCAGAGUUGGAAAUGUGAAAGCAAGAAGCAAGGCUUUAUUUUCCCUCUCUCCCUUCUUCUCUGUCUCUCUUUUUUUCUCUUUUCAUACACGGACACACAUACACAUACAUACAUUCACACACACCCCAUACACUCGCAUAUACACACACGCACGACACACAUACAUAAUCACGCUGAUUCGUUACAGUUAUCCCAACACAUCGCCAAUUCAAGAGUUAAACCCGACAGAUAUGUAUUCUCCGCUAUGUCUAACACAGGAUGAAUUCCAUCCUUUCAUUGAAGCACUGCUGCCCCAUGUGAGAGCGUUCGCCUACACUUGGUUCAACCUGCAGGCCCGCAAGAGAAAAUACUUCAAGAAGCACGAGAAGCGCAUGUCUAAAGAAGAGGAGCGAGCCGUGAAGGACGAACUGCUCGGCGAGAAGCCAGAGGUCAAGCAAAAGUGGGCAUCGCGGCUGCUUGCCAAACUCCGCAAGGACAUCCGGCCCGAGUUCCGUGAGGAUUUUGUGCUCACCGUCACCGGGAAGAAGCCCCCUUGUUGUGUGCUCUCCAACCCCGACCAGAAGGGCAAGAUGAGGAGGAUCGACUGCCUGCGCCAGGCGGACAAAGUGUGGCGGUUGGACCUGGUCAUGGUGAUUUUAUUCAAAGGGAUUCCGCUUGAAAGUACUGAUGGCGAAAGGCUGGUUAAAUCUCCACAGUGCUCGAACCCAGGGCUGUGCGUGCAGCCGCAUCACAUAGGAGUUUCUGUAAAGGAACUCGACCUGUACUUGGCCUACUUUGUGCAUGCAGAAGCAGGGCAGUCUGAAAGUCCGAACCAGCCCAGUGAAGGAGACAUCAAGGACCAGCCGGAAAACGGACACCUUGGCUUCCAGGACAGUUUCGUCACAUCAGGUGUCUUUACCGUCUCUGAGCUUGUGCGAGUCUCACAGACACCCAUUGCAGCAGGGACAGGGCCCAACUUCUCAUUGGCAGACUUGGAUAGCUCUUCCUACUACAGUAUGAGCCCCGGAGCCAUGAGGCGCCCCCUACCCAGCACUUCUUCUAGCAGUUCUGCAAAGCGCAUUAAAUGCAUGGAGGAUGAUGUGGACAGCCCGGGAGAGGAGUCCUACUACCCAGGUCAGGGACGCUCGCCUGGCAGCGGCAGCCAAGCCAGCAGCUGGCAUGAAGUGGAGCCAGCUGGAUAUAAACUGCGUGGCACGCUAGCUAGUUCGUUCAUCUCAAGACAAGGGAUGCCAUCGCCUACCACAUUAAAGAAGUCAGAGAAGUCUGGUUUCAGCAGCCCCGUGCCUACGCAGAUCUCUUCCCCCCGAACGGCAUUCACACACCAUCAUCGACCUGUCAUUACAGGACCCAGAGCGAGUCCUCACGCCACACCGUCAAGUCUUCAUUUCCCGACGUCGCCAAUCAUCCAGCAGCCCGGCUCCUACUUCUCCCACCACGCCAUUCGCUACCACCCCCAGGAGACGCUCAAGGAGUUUGUCCAACUUGUCUGCCCUGACAGUGGUCAGCAAGCUGGACAGGUGGGCUUCCUUAAUCCUAACGGGAGCAGUCAAGGGAAGGUGCACAACCCGUUCCUGCCCACCCCCAUGCUACCCCCUCCUCCGCCUCCCCCCAUGGCGCGACCCGUGCCCUUGCCUGUGCCAGACUCCAAACCUCCCUCCACCUCCACCGAGGGAGGAGGCAACUCCCCCACCUCGCCAACCUAUUCCACACCGAGCACGUCUCCCGCUCAGCGCUUUGUCAGCGUGGGCCCCAGAGACCCCAGCUUUGUAAAUAUCCCUCAGCAGCCUCAGUGGUACCUGGGCUAAAGACUCCUAAAACGGACCGGCCGCUCCCGAGGUCACUUGACCACCCCAUCUGUCUCCCCUGAGAACGACCUGCAAACAUGAUCACCAGUCUGGUGUUCAUACUUGCUGCCCCAAUACCGGACAGACCCACAGCAUGGCUCCAGCAGAACCCCGCCCAAGCCCUGGAACAAGAGGAAUCAAUUAAACUCGCUUACACCCAUUUACUAUAUAUCUAUAUAGUCCAUAUGUAUUCUUCUAUAUGUAUGGUUUAUAUGCCUAUAUUCAUAUAUAGUAGUUGUCCAGCUCUUCUGAGGGUGAAGCUAGAAAAAGGAGAGCUUCAAUUUCUCUGAACACAUGCAAGAUUUUUGUCAAUUGUUUACUGUUUCGUUUUGUUUCGUUGUUGAUGUCGUUUUUUUAUUUUAUAAAUAUUUUUUUUGGUUCACCAUUACAGACUGACAAGGAAAACGAAACAUGAUGCAAUCCAAGAUCUUCCCUCAACUGUGCCUGAGGCUGGUCUUGAAGAGAAAUCAGAGGCAUCGUGAGCCAAUUCAUUUUUCCCAAUUUCAAAUUUGGCGCAGUCUACGGCCAAGGGGUGUGAACCCACUACUAUGUCUAGGUCGGAGCUCUGCCUUACCCUUACUUGCAUUUUGAUGGAUCUAUUUGGUUUCGCAUUGGUGAAUGUUGGUGGUUGGCAGGCGUGGAGGUUUUACCUGGGUCAGAUACCACCAGCUAAAUUCUCUUCAUUGCGUUUUCUGACCAGGACCAUUUCCUCCCCUUUCCUCCACCAUCACCAUCAACUCAAUUUCAAGGACUCAACAAGACACCAUCGAACCCCCUUCUCCCAUUCCUUUUGUUGUUUUUGUCAUCAUGGGGCAGGCAAUGAAGAGAUCAUGAACGGUGAUGUUUGAUAUCAAUCAGGUCAUUUACGGUAUGCUAACGGGAGAUUUCUUUCAGAGACAUUUCCCCCUCAUGGAGACAUGUUCAUAUUUUGUGUUUUCGUACAAAGUCAUUUCAGUUCUUUCUUCUAAAACCCCAGCUAAAGGUAUGUCGCACACAACUGAGAAUACAAAAGGGUCGAGUGAAGGUUUGAGCUUCCAUAAAAUGACAGGAAAACAAUGAUCAAGAUUAACGGUGAAUAUUGAAUUGAGGAAAGUGCAAUUUUGUUGGAUAGAUGUUGGAUUGUUAAAUAUCUUUGUAAGAUAGAUCGUUGAAGUGAUUGUUGAAAAGUAUAAGGAAGAAAAAUAUAUAUAUAUACAUAUAUAUAUAUAUAAAUAUAUAUUUCUCUUCCUAGUCCGUACACACCUCCAGGACUCUAAAAUAUCGGGGUACAAAAAAAAAAAGCAUAAAAGGAAACAGAACAAAUAGCCUUGUGAGAAAUAAUGGGAGCUGUAACUGCUUUUUAUGUUAUUUUUUAUGUGUGUUCAUCUUGUAAAUUUGUGUUGUUGGAACAAAUAUCCCUUUAAAAAUUCCGCCAUUUAAACAAUCAGUUUCUGGAUGCUUUGGUAGUUCAUUUCCAAAACGCAAAGGUAAUUAACUUAUUUUAAUGAAGCACAUAAUGUAAUGGAAAAAAUUGCUGUUGUAAUUUCAGAAAAUUCAGGAUCAUAAAAUGAAUGAAAAUGCAAGAACUUGUACCUGAAAAUGUUGUUAAAGAUUUUGUUUCGCUACAGCUAAUGGAGACCUGUUCAUAUGCCUUUUUCAGGUAGAAGCACUUCUGCUUGUCAUACGUGAUCGCAGGUUGUCAAUACUGGGGGUAAAAUAUUCAAUGUACAGCAAGGACUUCCUCACCAGCACUUCUGAAAGUGUUGCGCAAAAAUGUGAAGAUUACGAAACAAUACAUUUCUUCAGUUCCCUCGCGUACGUUUUAAAGAUUUUUAUUGUUUUUUAUUUUUUUUGCAUUUUACGUUUUUUUAUUUUUUAUUUUCCAUUUUAAUGGAAAAAUAAAAAAAUUAUUUUUUAUUUUCCAUUUUAUUUCCUAUAAAGAAACAUAUAUAUAUAUAUAUAUAUAUAUAUAUAUAUAUAUAUAUAUAUAUAUAUAUAUAUAUAUACUUACAGCCUCAUCCACUGUCGAUCAAAGCUCAGUAAAGUUUAAAAGAAAAUAAUCUGCAUGUUCUAGUGUUAGUGACACAUUUUUACAUAGAUUAUGUAGAGCAAAGUAGUGUAAAAGAAAUAUUGUAAUCCCAACAUCAGGCACUUGCCGAUAAAGUAUUUGUUUGGUCCCUUGCAAAAGGGUAUUUUUACUGCUGUUCUCAGAGUCAACCAGCUAAACAUCUCUCUGACUCUUCUUAGCUUGUCAUCAUUUCUUUAACAUUUCCCUCCCUUCUUUGUUCCCUUCAGACCAAUAAUUUUCUGAAUGUGUUUUUAAUGAACGUAUUUCAGUAUCCCUUCUCAAACUGCACGAAAAAAUUUAUCCACAUCAAUGUGCCUUGAGCGAUGGAUUAGUUCACGAAUUGCACAAGCUGCAAUGUGGGAAAUUUUUCAUUUGUUUCCCUUUUCAAACCACCUUCCAUUGUGCAGUGGAGAGAGUGGGCCUUCGUGAAACACGAAUUCAUUUAUAAAUCAGUUCUUGCAUAUAUGUUCACAUAAAAUUUAAUGGGACAAUUUGUGGAAGAAUCGAUUAAUGAACGAUUUAUGCACAAAUUCUCUCUGCUAAUAAUUAAUGCUAAUAAUAUGGCAUUUGCUAAAGAUAAUACUACAUUAUUACUCUCUGCCAUUUUACUACAUCACACUACUAUUCAUCAGUCCUCAGCGUAUUUCAACGCAAUAUCCGAUGCUGUGUCUGUACAAGACCUUAAAAUCAGAUCUUUACCACGUCAAUCAGCCGAAAGUCAAUCAUUUGCAAGUAGUUGUACAGAAAAUAUGGAGAUUCUUUGUGUCAACUUUAAACUUAAAACAUCAUGCCCUUACUUUCCUCAUAUUGUUGAUUUAACACUAGUGUUUUGAUAUUUAUGGAUGUUACUGCAAUUUCUAAAUGAAGACUACUUCAUUUUCUUUUCAGUCUUCCUGUUAUUUUUCGUUCCCAGAUGAAUAAUGUGGAAAAUAUUUGAUAUGCAAUACUUGCUUGCACUCAUGUAAACAUUCACUAGUCAUUUUUAAUUUUAAUUGUAUACCUUUUAUUCUUUUUAAUCAGAGUGAGUGUUGCACUUGGAAGGUUGAGUGGCUGAACGUCAGUGUUUAUCAUACCCAUCAAAACGUGACAUUUAUGAAGUCCACAUCAGCCUCGCUUGGGUAUUCUGCUUUCUUUGUUCAUUUAUUUUUGUAAUUUUGUUUCGGUCAUAAGCGAGCCUUAAAACAAGGAAACUUACUUUCCAUCACCAACACCAAGAUUUUAAAAGCAAAGCGUCCAGGACAAAAAACUAGAUAAAUAUGCCCACCUUUUAUGUGCAUUUUGACAAAGUUUCAUGUUGUAUUAAAUGUUUACCUGUUUGUUUGUUUUUCUAUUGCAAAUAUCAUUUAAGAAAGAAAAACUAAUAUGGGGAACACCUUCCCAGACAUCUGAUGUGAUGGUUUAGUAGUUAAACUUGUGUGGGUUGUAUUUUUGUUUUAGUGUGACAUUUUGUUUUGUCAUUGUUCUUGCCUACCCUUUAGAAAUGAGUUGGGCAUUACUUUCUUAAUUGUCUGCACUAAAUAUAAAAUAAUGACAAUUGUGAUAAUUGAAAGAAACAUUUAAAAAAAACACAAAAAAGAAGCUUCUAGUGCUUAAAAGAGCGAAGGGAAACAUGAUUGCAUGGAUAUUUUGUUGCCACAGAACCUUGUUUUCAAGCAGCCUGGCAUCUAAUCAGCGUGAUUGGCUGUAUGUGUGUAAGAUAAUGACAAAAUUGCACCCUUUUUAAAGAAAGAAAAAAAAGAGAAAAAGAGUUUAGAAGCAAUAGUUUGGGCAGUCUGUUUUUGUUCUUGUGUUGUGUGUGUAAUUUAGUUUUUUGGUACAAAGUGGAGAAGACGUGGGAGAAGCGAACAAAUCGAAACGAUUAUAUUACGAGAGUUCGGGCAGACGCACCUGAGUAUGGGAGAUUUGAUGUUUGUAAAUUGUAUAGUUUUAUUAAUUACACUGAUUUUAAAGCUGCCCUAUUUUAUAAUGCAGGACUUUUGUAACAUUGAUUAAAUGAGGAAAAACUAGUGUUGUGAAUUUUCUGAUUGUUUGUAUUAAGGCCACAUAAAUAGAACUGAUUUUAUUUGUCUUCUGGGGAACUGGAUUUAAGUUGAAAACUUUCCUGUUUCCUGUUUUUAUUUGACUUUUUUUGCUUUCCAUUUUGUAUGUAUUUAAGGACUCUUUUGAUGGUAUAGAGUACUCCUAUACUUGAAAAGUGUAGGAUACUGUGGUGAAAACCCCAUUGUAAAUGGAUGUUACAAGUAUGCUGUAUGUUUUGAAGGUUAUUUGUCGCAUCAGUGUUGAUGAAGCUAAAUCUAGAUAAUUCUGAGGAUGUUGGUAAGACAGCAUUUUUAUGCAUUUUAAAAAUUAGUUUUAGGCAGAAGACAAUGACAUAGACAGCCAAAGGAUGCCCCUAUUAUAAAUGCAUCUAGGCAUCUUUUUGUGUUCACCAUUCCAUGCAGGAAAAUAAACUGCUUGAUAUGCAA